ACAGCUGGGGCGUUCCGGGUUCCCACGUGCAGUUGCCGGGACGCGCGCAGUUCGGCGCUGGCAGCGCAAGUACAGCUGGCGGGGACACGAACAGCGUCUGCCCGGCCCCCUCCACGAUGUCCAAGGCCGAGGAGGCCAAGAAGCUGGCGGGCCGCGCGGCCGUGGAGAACCACGUGAGGAAUAACCAAGUGCUGGGAAUUGGGAGUGGUUCUACAAUUGUCCACGCUGUGCCGCGAAUAGCUGAAAGAGUGAAACAAGAGAAUCUGAACCUCGUCUGUAUUCCCACUUCCUUCCAGGCCCGUCAGCUCAUCCUGCAGUAUGGCUUAACUCUCAGUGACCUGGACCAACACCCAGAGAUUGACCUUGCCAUCGAUGGUGCUGAUGUAGAUGCUGAUCUCAAUCUCAUCAAGGGUGGUGGAGGCUGCCUGACCCAGGAGAAAAUUGUGGCUGGCAACGCCAGUCGCUUCAUCGUGAUUGCCGAUUUCAGGAAGGAUUCAAAGAACCUCGGGGAUCAGUGGCACAAGGGAAUCCCCAUCGAGGUCAUCCCGAUGGCCUAUGUCCCCGUGAGCCGAGCUGUGACCCAGAAGUUUGGGGGUGUGAUUGAACUUCGAAUGGCAGUCAACAAGGCAGGUCCUGUGGUGACGGAUAAUGGGAAUUUUAUCCUGGACUGGAAGUUUGACCGGGUCCACAAAUGGAGUGAAGUGAACACAACGAUCAAAAUGAUCCCAGGCGUGGUGGACACGGGCCUGUUCAUCAACAUGGCGGAGAGAGUCUACUUCGGGAUGCAGGACGGCUCGGUGAACAUGAGGGAGAAGCCUUUCUAAACCGGCCCUGCAGGAGCGGAAUGUGUUCCCCUUGUGUCCCCAGCCCGCCGCCGAGGCGGACAUGCCUCUCCAGGAGCCUUUGCCUUAAUGUAUCUGUGCCAGGUGGACACUUGGCAGGGUGGGGGGUUGAGGGUUAAAUCUGGUCUUCUGAAGUAUUGUUAUUAAAUGUCUUUUUAAAAAGAGAAAUAUAAACAUAUAUAUUUUUACUAUUAAAAAUACUCAGUUGUUUUUUUAUAAAGUAGAACUUGAUU